GAAGUAAGGAGACGGCACAAAGUGACCCAGGUGAGAAGCAGGAAGGUAAGCUACACCGACACAGAGAAACAGGUGCACUGAAACAGGAAGGCUGACGAAAGACAGUGUUUGAUUUCAGGUCUUAAAGUAAGGAUGGGCCCUCCUCUGAGGCUGCAUGAGCUCAUUCGAGCCAUCCGGAGUGUUAAGACACAGAAUGAAGAGAGAGAGGUGAUCCAGAGGGAGUGCGCUGAAAUUCGAUCUUCAUUUCGGGAUGAGGAUUCAGUGUACCGUGGGCGAAGUGUGGCCAAACUCUUGUACAUGCACAUGCUGGGCUAUCCCGCACACUUCGGACAGAUGGAGUGCUUGAAAUUGAUAGCCUCCCCACGGUUUACUGACAAACGAAUUGGAUACCUUGGUGCUAUGAUGUUGCUAGAUGAAAGGCAGGACGCUCAUUUAUUGAUAACCAACAGUAUGAAGAGAGAUUUAGAGCACAGCUCAGCAGUGGUGCAAGGACUGGCUCUCUGUACUCUUGCCUGCUUAGGAUCUGUAGAGAUGUGUCGGGACCUGGCUGGAGAAGUUGAACGUCUUCUACAAACUUCAAAUGGCCAUGUCAAGAAAAAGGCUGUUUUGUGUGCUGUACACAUUAUCAGGAAGGUCCCUGAUUUAGUGGAAAUGUUCAUCCCAACCAGUGAGAUGUUGCUCGCGGAAAAAAGGCAUGGUGUGUUCUAUGGAGCUGUCCUCUUGGCAACAGAAAUUUGCCAGCGACAACCUGCAUCCAUUAAAGGUUUUCGCAAGAUACUUCCACUACUCCUGCAAAAACUCAGGCAGAUCAUGUCAGGAUAUUCCCCAGAACACGUAGUGUCUGGAGUCACUGACCCCUUUUUACAGGUCCGUAUUCUACGGCUGUUGAGAAUCUUAGGACAAAGUGAUGGGAGUGUCUGUGAUACUAUGAGUGACCUGCUGGCCCAGAUUUCCACCUGUACAGAAACACAGACAAAUGCUGGUAAUGCAGUUUUGUAUGAAACUGUGCUCACCAUUGUGGAAACCAAGUCUGCAAGUGGCCUACGGGUUCUUGCUGUUAACAUCCUUGGACGUUUUCUUCUAAGUAAUGAUAAAAACAUCAGAUUUGUUGCCCUAAUAUCGCUCCAACGCUUGGUGCAUUCUGACCAUGCAGCGGUCCAGAGACAUAGAGGGACAAUCGUUGAGUGUCUUAGACAGACUGACACAUCUGUAAACAGGAAGGCUCUGGACUUGUGUUUUGCACUUGUGAAUGAAGCAAACAUUCGUGUGAUGAUGAAGGAACUUCAGAGGUUUUUGCAGUUCUGCUCACCAGAGUUGAAGGAACAGUGCACAUCAGGAAUAUUCCUUUGUGCAGAGAGGUUUUCUCCUUCCAAGCGCUGGCACAUAGAUACCAUAAUGGAAACACUGGUCACUGCAGGGGAGAGUGUUCGUGAUGAUGCGGUUUCACACCUUAUUCAGCUGAUCAGUGGGUCCUCAGAACUGCACGGCUACAUCGUUCAAAGACUCUACAAAGCAGUGAGAAAGGAUAUUGUACAGCAACCAUUAGUUCAGGUGGCAGCAUGGUGCAUCGGGGAGUACGGGGACCUCCUAAUAAUUGGAGCCUGUGAAGAAGAGGAAGCAAUACAGGUGACAGAGGAUGAUGUUCUUGAUGUACUGGAAGGCAUUCUACAGUCACACAUAUCCCUGCCAAGUACACGGGCGUACACCCUAACCGCAAUUAUGAAACUUAGCACACGCUUCAACAACACCAUAAACCGUAUCCGUCGAGUGGUAUCUAUAUAUGGAUGCUGUCAUGAUGUGGAGUUACAGCAGAGAGCAGUAGAAUACAAUGCACUAUUCAAGAAGUAUGAUCACAUGAGGCCAGCUAUUCUGGAGAAGAUGCCAGUGCCAGAAAAAUCUACUUUAGCAGAAACUGAAGCCUGCAUUGAAGAAAUCAAAGAAGAAAGUGAGAACCAACCAAAAAGUAUCCCCUCCUCAAGCCAGCCAGUUAGUUAUGUUACAGACCUCUUGGGAUUGUUGGAAGAGAGUUCGGAUAGCUUACCAGUGACCUCAGAGGUAUCUUCCAUAAAUCAGAAUUUACCCAAUGGGAGCUUGUUAGAUCUUUUAGAUGAAAUGCCAAAAUCAGCAGCUCUACCGUCACUUGUUGUCUAUAAUAAUAAUGGAUUUCAAGUGGAAUUCUCCUUCACGCGUCAACCAUCGAGCCCUGCCCUACUAGUCAUCAAUUCUUGUGCCACAAAUUCCUCAUCUAGUGAUGUCUCUGACUUUCAACUACAAGCUGCUGUGCCCAAGAGUAUUCAGAUUCAACUUCAGGCUCCUAGUGGAUCUUCAGUUCCAGCUUCCGGUGGAGGAUCAGUCACACAGUCUAUUCGUAUUCUGAACCCUCAAAAGGUUCCUUUACGUAUGCGGCUACGCUUGUCUUUUACACAUAAUGGAAAUCUAGUCCAGGAUAUAAGUGAAGUGAACAACUUUCCUACACUAGCAUGGCAGUGAUAUGAUCAGGUUUGCAAUGGCACCUGGAUGAAGUGGCAGAGACAUUAAUAUUUUCCUGAAUGAUGGAAAAGAAAAGAAACAGAUUAAUGUGUUACAUUCCACAAGAUUUGUAAUAACUGGAGUCCAAAGAAAGUGGCUAUUUGAGUGCAAUGCUUACAUGAUACACGUACACAGCUAUAGCAUGCAACAUGCACAUGAAAUAUCACCAAGUCUGAACCCAAACAAUUAAAGAGUGAAGAAUAUCUGAAAGACAUUGUAAUAAAAUAGCUUUAUAGACCAAACAUGCUAUUUUUCUCCUCUAGGUGGCAUUGUUCUACCUUGACUUUUUUUUUUAACCUUGCUUCCCACUAUUCCAUUCUAACACUGUGCCAAUCCUUCUGUACACUGCACUAAGGCACUCAAAACCUGUAUCAUAGCUUCAGUAUGUAGACAGAAAUCCCAGUUGGGCAACAUAAAAAUACAGAAAUGGUUAACCCUUUCAUUCGCCGUCUACAGAUUUGCCAAUUCCCUUUAGGCUGUUUGUGUUAAUUAGGAUUUGCGAGUAUAAUGAAUUCUCCAGCUAAUUAAUGCUGUGUUGUGAUGAUGAGGGGUUGCCUGAAAUAGUGUGUAAGGAGGGAGCAGCCAACGGUGAUGGGGGGGUUCAUGUGAGUGGCACUGAGCCAGCCUGUACCUGCCCCCUUCAAGAUGACAGACUGCAAGAGACAACAGGGAGAGAGAGCGCAGUGACGAAGAAGGGAGAGUGCGCAGAGUAGCAGAUGCAUCCGCCAUCGAAAAAUCAGCAUCUCCUCUACCCUCCCACCAAUAUCCAAUCGUAUAUAUUUCACCCCCACCAACUCACCCACUUCUGAUCCCUGAGGUGUGAGCUGGCAGCUGUGGGCACUGACCAUCUGUGUGCGUGUUCAUGCAUUUGCAUCUGUUUGUCUGUGCCCUGUGUGCGCAUAUCUGGGCAGCGAGCUUGGCAGAGAGGAAGAGUGUGUGGGGCAGAGAGAUACACAGAUGGGGAGUAAGUCAGCGUGAGAUAUACAUAGAAAGAGAUGGGCAGAAAGAGGCAGAUAGCGAGGGUUGGCAGAGCUACAGACGCUGGCGAAGAAGCUGGCACAAACGCGGCCCCCUCAGAGGUGGCACCUGGUACUUAUCAUUGUGCCGUAAACAGUAUGCAUGUAACCGAGUGUAAAAGAGCGAGCGAGCAUGGAAGCGAAACAGGACAUGGUACAAGAGAAGAGGAUGGCACGCCAAUUCCUUAGACUGAUCUCACGAAUGUUAAUUGCUCAUACUCCCGGAUUGCUUGACAUUGGUACAUAGGAGUUGAGUGACAUGCAUAGGUGCAUACGUCUAGUCAUGCCAUAUCACAUCCUAGCACUUCAGCAACAAUGGCUAAGCCAAAAGAAAUUCUACCAUGUCCAAGAAGACCAUCAAGAGCUAUUGAACAAUGGCCAUAAUGGAAAUGACGGCGGAAGGAUACCAGAGGCCUCCAGAUAACGGUGAGACAGAAAUGACUCUAAAAUAACAAUGUAUCAUUAUAACCACACACUGGGAGGGAAACGCUUGAUAUAUUCUGAUUCUAUACCCAUGUGGUUUGAAGGACAGACAACAUCUUGUUGUCGGUUUAUUGUAGACAUAAUGAUUUACAAAACACACAAACACCAUAUCGACAUUUUAAGUUUAGAUUUUUAUAUUUUUUUUAACCAUUUAUACAUCACUCUGAGGAAAUCCUCAAACUCUUUGCAUGCGACAAUCCGUGUUAAGUGAGCAGCCGGUCACUAGAUAGGCUAAAUGAUACAGAACGACCAUUGGGCUAUGUCCUACACUGAACUGGCAUGAUAUGCUCUUUGAAGGUCAGAUUUACGGCUUUGGUGCUAGUUAGUCUGUUUGGUUAGUAUAACAAACCUGGUCAUGUUACAUUAGAUGACUUUUAGGAUCUACAAAAGGCAAUAAGCAUGACCAAGGCCCAAUCUGUGCCACCCUUUGUUUAUCCUGUAGUGUUAGAACCUUAAUAUUUAACAGUAACAGUUUGAUUUAGAAAAAUAAAAAACUGAAGAAAACAAUACAAGGAUGACAAAGAGUAGACAGGAUGGAUAUUAAAUCAAUGGAUGCUUUUGACAGCUUUUCAGAUGAAAGAAUCAGAUACAGGUUCAAGAGCAGAGAAGAGACUAUCAAUGAUUUGUAGAGAUGGACUCUACGCAUGUGCCAUUAAUGUGAAGUAUUGUUAUAAUUUAUUUGAUGGAUCAGCAUAUUAAAGUUUGUCAGAUACGCUAGGCAAGUAUAUAUUUCGGAGACCAUCAUAAUUAACCACAAAUUUUCAAUGCAUGCACAGAGCAAGUGAAACGAGAAUUAGCCAUCAUUUUCACUUGAUGGGGUCUCCACUAAAUUUUAAGAAAAUGUAAAAGAAUAACAAGAACAGCUUGGUGUAUAAGCUAUUAUUCCGUCAAAAUAUUCCAUAAUGUGGCAGUGUGUAGCAAACAGCAUUUGCUCAAUAAUACAAAAGCCAAACAUCAGUCACUUCAAGGAAACCAUUGGAAAUCAAAUACUUUCACCAUUUUAUGUGGGUUUUAAACUUUAAUAUGUUCACAUAUUAGUCUAUCAUAAUAAAUUGUAAUAACAUUGAUGAACUGCUAAGGUAUUAGCAUUUGAAGGCUUGAUUUUAAAAUUUUAUGUAUGCUUUUACCUUAAGAAAUAGGGACUUGAGAAAUACACUGAAAAAUAUGCAAGCCAGAGCUGCUAAAAAGGUUCAUAUUCCAUGAGCAGUCUACUGCAGGCUUGGCGCAUUGUCGGAGAUCCUCUUGUGUCCUGUGCUUUGUUUGGGUUGAUAGCAACCUUGUGAUUAUGGGAUGACGUAACUUGCUUUUCAGCAUACAUAACAUGGGUGUAAAUGAGGAAAUUCUGUAUCUUCGAAGACUACAUGUUGUCAAUGGAUUUCUUUAGUUAUUGGUGGAUGUCACUACUGGCCUUUGCUUAUAGACCACUGAGGACAACUAACACUAGUCAACACUAGUCAAGUAUAACUAAAGAAGUAU